UGAGGGGUUACCAGGGGUCAUGGAGCACAUCCGGGCCAACGCAGAGCGGUCUGUGCGGGAGCUGCUCCGUGGGGUGGCGCAGCGCUGUGGGGCGGAGCUGGAGGCCGAGGAUCGUUUGGACGACGGGACCCCAAUCUGCCUCCGAGUCAGCAUCAACCCCAGCGAGGGCAGUGCAGUGUUUGACUUUUCGGGGUCGGGCCCUGAGGUCUAUGGGAACUGUAACGCCCCGCGCUCCAUCACACUGUCCGCCCUCAUCUACUGCCUGCGCUGCAUGGUGGGACACGACAUCCCCCUCAACCAGGGCUGCCUGGCCCCUGUCCACGUGAUCAUUCCGGAAGGUUCCAUCCUGUGUCCGUCCCCCGGGGCCGCGGUGGUUGGUGGGAACGUGGUGACGUCACAGCGCGUCGUCGACGUCGUGCUCAGGGCGUUCGGGGCAUGCGCCGCAUCGCAGGUACUGCCACAUAGUGAGCCAUAGGGAAACAUGGGAGCC